AUGGAGGAGCACAAUAAUGUCAACUUCAUGAGACUCCUGUCAGAGGAGAGCACUCAGUCGUCUGUGUCGUCUGACUCCUGUGAGUACUAUCAGACGGAGAUAUUUGACCAGCUGCCCAGCAUCCAGGCCAGCCGGCCCGAGCAGGACAGACAGGGGGACCCCGAGCCGGGGGAGAGGGUCAGCCAUGGCCCCCUGUCCAGAGACAAGACGUCCAAUCAGCCGCUCAGGAACCUGGUCGUGUGUAUUCAGGGGAAGAGAGGAGCCAGGGAAAGGAGGAAGAUGCAAAUCAGCAACAUUGGUUUUUGGGAGUCCUGGAGUCGGAGCCAGAGCACAAACAGGAAACGGGUUUGGGAGCAGAUGGGAGGAGCUCUAUCACACCUGUUGCCAUGGCGACACACUCUCCACACCAUCGAAGGCAGGUUUGGAGUUGGCGUGAAGGCUUACUUUGUUUUCCUCAGAUAUCUGGUUUACUUGAACCUACUUCACUGUGCUCUUAUCGGCGGUUUCAUUCUGGGGCCUACGGCAUAUUAUGGCAGGGGGAGCAUGGGCAGUGAAACUUUUGAGUUUAGAGGCAAUGACUCUGUUUUGGAUUUCUUCCUGGGGUCGGGUUACCUGGAUCGUUCUCCGGUCUUCUAUGGCUUCUAUACUCGGGGUCUCCUGAACCUGCAGUGCUUGAACACACCUCUGCUGUACCUCGCUGGGAUCUUCACCAUCUUCUUCCUCAGUCUCAUCAUGGUGGUCCGUAGAACAACAGUUGGCUACAAGCACACCUGGAUGCUUGGGAAGCGCUACAGUAUGAACGUGAGCUAUAAGAUCUUCUGUGGCUGGGACUUCACCAUCCAGGAGCCUGGAGCAGCUGCUCUCAAACACAGCUUCAUCAGGAAUGACCUCAAGCUGUUCCUGGAGGAGCAGAGUUUUUCCCUGCGUGAGGCUCAGAGGACCCUGGGUCAGAAGGUGCGUCUCUACCUGCUCAGGCUUUUCCUCAACCUGCUGGUUCUGAGUCAGCUGGGUGGAGCCUUCUACCUCAUCUACUUCGCCACCAUAGCGUCACAAAUCGAGAGUGAGCACCACUGGUUGGUCAGCCUGCUCCUCCAGUACCUUCCUCCCAUCACCAUCACCUUCGUCAACCUGCUCCUCCCUCACAUCUUCCGCAAGAUCUCCUCUUUUGAAGACUACUCCUUCACCAUGCAGGUCAAUGCCACGCUGAUGAGGAGCAUCUUCUUGAAGCUGGCCUCACUGGGGAUCUACUUAUUCUUCAUCUUCAAAGCAGAAUAUCAGCACACUCCUUUCCACUGCAGGGAGAACAUGUUUGGCAGAGAGAUGUACAAGCUGUGCAUCUUCAACUUCCUCGCCACUUUCUGCAGCGCCUUUCUGUUGAACUACCCCAGGAAGCUUCUGCACGAGACGUACCCCUCCUCCCUGCUGGCCCGGUUGUCUGGGAAACAGCACUUCCUGAUCCCCUUCAACGUGUUGGACCUGGUGUACAGUCAGACCGUGUGCUGGGUGGGAGUCUACUACUGCCCCCUGCUGCCCCUCAUAGGAACCAUCACACUGAUGGCCACCUUCUACAUCAAAAAGUUCUCGGUCCUGCGGUGCUGUGUUGCGGAGCAGAGGAUGUUCCGAGCCUCCAGUUCUUCCGUUUUAUUCCACUUCAUGUUGCUGCUGGGUCUGGUCAUGGCUGCAGUCACUCUGGGCUUCAACCUCUACCACCAAGACACAGACACGUCCAACUGUGGUCCGUUUGGAAACAGAGAAACGGUGUUUAACGUGACAGGAGUGUGUGUGGAGAGUCUCCCUAAACCGGCUCAGAGCACGCUGCGCUACCUGUCCUCCGAGGCCUUCGCCCUCCCACUCAUACUAGCUGAAAUUAUCGUCUUGACCUCAUAUCUGUCACGGGGACGAGCCAAUCAGAAGGCCAUUGAGAGACUGAAAGACAUGCUGGUUAUGAGCAGCACAGAUAAGCGUUUCCUGGUGAAGCAACACGCCACAAUGCUGAGACGCCAGAGAACCCCCCGCAGAGGCCGCUCGCCACUCAUCGAAGAGGGUCCUCCUGGACCACUGGAAGGGUCCCAAAACCUGCACACAAACUGAUUAAAGGCCUGAUUAAUAUCCACAGACUUGCACUUAAAAAUAAAGCCUUGCUACGGCAGACCUCAGCUGGUUGGAGAGUAAAAAGUUAAAGCACUGAUGAAAUGUCACAGUUACAUGAUCUAUAGGGAUAAGAAAUAAGAAGUGCAGUUGUUGCUGCAAAGCUCCUUUUUUAACCUUCCUAUGGCACCGUCUCCUCUCCAGUCAUUUAUAAAUGUUUGAGUUUAUGCAUAUGAAUGUAAUUUUUAUCUUUAUUUUUAUGAUGUGAUGUGAUGUUAUGAUGUUUUAUUUUGUAUUCAAUGAAUUUUGAGUGUU